AUGUCUUCUAAAAGUUUACCACCCCAGACAGAUGCUGUUUAUCGCAUCGCACCAUAUUAUUAUAUUCACGUAUUAGACCUAAAUACAAAUGUGACACGAUUGGAAAUUGGUCCGAAAACGUUUGUUAAGCUAGACAAUGAGACAGUUAGUAUUGGACCAGAGAAAAUGAUCACUGUACCAUCAGGACACUAUUGUGUUGUUGAAAAUCCCGUUGUGAGAAACGAAAUUGGUCAAGUAUACUUUGAUGAUAAUGGUCAAGCAAAAUUAUCACAUGCUGAUUUAGACAUCAGGUUGGAAAAAGAUUAUAAAGAACCAUUUCCGUUGUAUCCCGGUGAAGUUUUAAGACAGUCUGUCACACCAUUAAAACAUGUUGCAGCUAAUUCAGCAUUGAGAUUAAAAGCUGUUUUAGAUUUUGAUGGCAAUGGAGAACAACGAAAUGCUGGAGAUGAAUGGCUAUUUGAAGGACCAGGCACUUAUACACCACGCAAAGAAGUAUCGGUUGAAGAACAAAUUUGUGCUACCGUGAUCACUUCAAAUCAAGCGAUACGCUUGAGUGCUAAAAAAGAAAUUAUUGAUCGUAUGGGUGAACACCGUGUGACCGGUGAAAAUUGGUUGGUGAAAAAGUCGGGUGCCUACUUACCACUGGCUUAUGAAACGGUUGUGAACGUCGAAAAUGCCCAUGUUCUAACAGAUAAAAAAGCUUUGCAUUUACGUGCACUGAAAACAUUCACGGAUGAUUUUGGUCAAACACGAAAAAAUGGAGAUGAAUGGCUUGUGACAACAGAACAAACUGAAACACAUAUUUUAAAUGUUUAUGAACAACUCGUGGCACAUGUUCAUAUAACAACACUCAAUUCAAGACAAUACUGCGUCAUUCUAAAUCCAGUUUCAGCUGAUGGUAAAAACCAGCUGGGUAAGAAAAAAUUACUUGUUGGUGAAAAAUCAUUUUUUCUGCAACCUGGUGAGCAGUUAGAAAAAGGAGUUCAAGACGUGUACAUAUUGGGUGAAGAUGAAGGUCUUAUAUUGAAAUGUAUCAUAUCAUUUGAUGAUGAACUAGACAAAAUGACACGUACGCCAGGUGACAGAUGGAUGAUAAAAGGACCAAGAGAUUAUAUACCACCAACACAAGUCGAAGUGUUAAUGAGAAGAAAAGCGAUACCUUUAGAUGAAAAUGAAGGUAUCUAUGUUCGUAAUAUUAAAACUGGUCGUGUUCGAGCGGUUGUUGGUGCAACAUACAUGCUAACCCAAGUCGAAGAACUAUGGAAUAAAGAAUUGCCACCAGAAAUUGAACAGUUGCUACACAAAGAUGCUUCAGCUGAUAGAAUCGUUAGAAAAAGUGAUACAGAUGUCAAAACACCAAUAACAUCAUCGCCACAACCGAAAAAACGCGAUAAAUUCAAAUUAGUCACAUAUCGUGUUCCGCAUAAUGCAGCUGUGCAAGUUUAUGAUUACAAAGCUAAACAUUCAAGAAUAGUUUUUGGACCUGAAUUAGUCAUGCUGGGACCUGAUGAACAAUUUACAUUGAUUAAUCUCUCUGGAUGUGUCCCGAAAAAGCCGAACCAAAUCCGAUCAUUAGCGUUAUUAUUGGGUCCAGAUUUUUUUACCGAUAUCAUGGAUAUUGAAACAGCAGAUCAUGCUAGAUUAUCACUUCAGUUGUCUUACAGUUGGUUUUUCGAUAUUAGUGAUCGUACUAAUGAGAAAGAAGCGGCAAAAUUAUUCAGUGUACCUGAUUUUAUUGGUGAUGCAACCAAAGCUAUUGCUAGUCGAAUUCGUGGUGCUGUUGCUGGCGUUCAGUUUGACGAUUUUCAUAAAAAUUCAGCCAACAUCAUUCGUGCCAGUGUAUUUGGUGUAGAACUAGUACCGGAAACGACAACAUCUACCGACAAACAAUCAACGUCUCAACCUCGUGUACGUGAUCGUUUUGUAUUUCAACAAAAUAAUUUAGUACUAACAUCCAUUGACAUCCAAUCUAUUGAACCAGUUGACCAACGCACUCGAGACGCUUUGCAGAAGAGUGUACAAUUAGCCAUUGAAAUAACUACAAUGAGUCAAGAAGCGAGUGCAAAACAUGAAGCAUCAAGACGUGAACAGGAAGCAAAGGGUUUAUUAGAACGUCAUCGAAUUAAAGAUGAGGCGGGAGCAGAAGAAAUUCGUAGAGCUCUGUUGGAAUUACAAGCAAUAUCGGCAGCCGUCGAGAGUACAGGUCAUGCAAAAGCUGACGCUCAAAGUCGUGCAGAAUCAGCACGUAUUGAGGGCGAAUCAACCGUUGAACAAGCGCGAUUAAAAGCUGAAGCAUCAAGAAUCGAAGCCGAAGCUGAAUUGGAACGUUUGAAAGUAUUGCAUGAAGCAGAAAUUAAAUUUUUAAAACAACAAAAUGAGCAUGAAAUAAAUAAAAAACAACACUUAUCACAAAUAGAAAUCGAAAAAUUUCGACGACAGGUAGAAGCCAUUGGUGCAGAAACAAUUCAAGCUAUUGCCACAUCCGGUCCAGAGACACAAGUAAAACUGUUACAAGCACUUGGUUUACAAUCGACAUUAAUUACAGAUGGUCGCAGUCCGAUAAAUCUUAUGAGUUUUGGACAAAAUUUGUUAGGCGAUGGAGUUGAUAUAACACCAAAAAAACGUGUUAUCAAAGGUUGA